UCCUAGCUGGUGUCUCAUUGGAGGAGGAGGGGGGUAAUCCUGCUUUAGCCGCUGUUACCCGAGACCCAUAGCAUAACCUGCUGUCGCUCUUCUGGCUGCUUUUGCUGUGACCACCUCGCCACUGCCAGCGAGCAACAUGCCGAACAUCAAGAUCUUCAGCGGCAGCUCCCACCAGGACUUAUCGCAGAAGAUAUCCGACAGGCUGGGGCUGGAGAUGGGCCGUGUGGUAACGAAGAAAUUCAGCAACCAGGAGACCUGUGUGGAAAUUGGCGAGAGUGUACGUGGAGAAGAUGUUUACAUAGUGCAGAGCGGUUGCGGAGAGAUAAAUGACAACUUAAUGGAACUUCUCAUCAUGAUCAAUGCUUGCAAGAUAGCUUCAGCUUGCCGUGUCACAGCUGUAAUACCAUGUUUUCCGUAUGCUCGGCAGGACAAAAAAGACAAGUCUCGAGCUCCAAUCUCUGCUAAACUUGUUGCUAACAUGCUGUCCGUGGCAGGCGCUGACCACAUCAUUACAAUGGACCUUCACGCAUCCCAGAUACAGGGUUUCUUCGAUAUUCCUGUGGAUAAUCUGUAUGCAGAACCAGCUGUCUUAAAAUGGAUUCGAGAGAAUAUCCCAGAAUGGAAAACGUGUACAAUAGUGUCACCAGAUGCUGGAGGAGCAAAAAGGGUGACAUCCAUUGCUGAUCGUCUGAAUGUUGACUUUGCCCUGAUUCACAAGGAAAGGAAAAAAGCCAAUGAAGUGGAUCGCAUGGUGCUUGUUGGAGACGUGAAAGAUAAAGUAGCUAUUCUUGUUGAUGACAUGGCUGAUACCUGUGGAACAAUUUGUCAUGCUGCAGAAAAACUCCUGUCAGCUGGAGCCACAAAGGUAUAUGCCAUCCUGACACAUGGUAUAUUUUCUGGUCCAGCCAUUUCCCGAAUUAAUAAUGCCUGUUUUGAAGCAGUAGUGGUAACCAACACAAUUCCACAAGAAGAAAAGAUAAAACAUUGUUCCAAGAUCCAGGUUAUCGAUAUCUCCAUGAUCUUGGCUGAAGCUAUUCGAAGGACCCAUAAUGGGGAGUCUGUGUCUUAUCUAUUCAGCCAUGUUCCAUUGUAGUCCCCACAAAAUGUUGAUACUUCCACUCCUGCUUAUCUACUUAUAUCCUCACUUCAAUUGGUAUAUAUUGAGGCCAUAUCUACGUCCUCCAUGCCCUAGUACAAAGGGACAGGUGUGUUCUGAUUAUCCAGUAGCUGUGGGGUUGCAUUUAUUUUGCUGUGAAGCCCCAUCCCUCCAGCACAUGACUUGAUGAAAACGGAGUAUCCAGCCAUAUAUUUUAUUCUGUUCUUUGUUUUUAUGAACGUCUGUGUAAAGUAAGAUAUUGUUAUAGAAGGGAUGACGGUCAACGAAGGAUUGGACAGAUAUGAUUGUUGUGGUUUUUUGUUUUUUAUAAAUAAAGACAGCCGCUUGCCAACGGCAGUACAAA